AUGACCUCCUCCGCCCAGCACUCGGGGGCCCCUCAGACCUGCUCCUCCGCCGCCUCCUGCCAAGCCUGCCGCGUGGCCCCGUCGUCCGCGAGGCGCUGGCUGUUUGGCGCUCCUCCCCGCGUCUGCAGAACCCGCGCGAUCCGGUUUCAAGCGGACGCCUCGGAGCUCGUGUUGUUUUGUCUGCGCUGCGUGCCAGGAAACUUGGGGUGUUUCAAGGACAGCGGGGACCCGCCCACUCUGACAGGAAGCAGCGAGACGUCCAAUAAGCUGACGAUCCAGAACUGCAUCAGCUUCUGCAGGAAGCAGAGAUACUCGCUGGCUGGGAUGGAGUCUGGUUACGCCUGUUUCUGUGGAAACGAUCUGGACCACCGUCGCCAUGGCGAAGCGCCCAGCAUGGAAUGCAACCACGUGUGCUUCGGGGACCACACCCAGCCCUGUGGAGGGGAUGGAUGGGUCAUCAUCUUUGACACCCGUGUGGGGGCCUGUGGGGGGAACUACUCCGCCCCCUCAGGGGUGGUUUACUCUCCAGACUUCCCCGACAAGUACGGGGCGGGCCGGGUGUGCUACUGGCCCAUCCAGGUCCCCGGGGCCUCCCUCAUCCUCUUCAACUUCACCUUCUUCGACAUCUCCGACCAGACCGACAUGGUGGAGCUGCUGGACGGAUACACCAAUCAGGUGGUGGCGAGGUUCGAUGGGCGGAGCCCCCCGCGGGAGCUGGUCAACGUCACGGGAGAUUUCGUCAUCCUGUACUUCUAUUCGGAUCGGACCAAUCAGGCGCAAGGAUUCGCUGUCCUCUACCAAGCUUUGCAGGGCCAGGGCCUCAGGCCCAUGGACGAGGGAGACGAGGGCGAGGAAGAGGAGGACGCCAGCACCAGCCCGCCUCCGCCGGAGGGGGUGACGGAGAAGUCCAACGUCAGCGGAAACGGACGCUCGUCCCAGAUCUUCUACGUGAUCACGUCCAGCCCCGACAAGCCUCCGAGCAACAUGCCAGGUCAGCAGGCCAGCAACCACCACACUAUGUGGACCAUCUACGCUCUGGCUGCUCUGCUCACCCUGACUGUGAUCGUCAUGGUAGCCAAACUACUGCUGUACAUCACAGUGAAAUCUCCCAGCAUCCCCAGCAUCAGUGGCUCUGAGAGCUGCAGCCAGAGUGCCGCAUCGGAGCCCUGGAUCAUCCUGUACCGCCCCUCCACUAUCUCCCUCUUCAAGAAGAAGCUCAAGAACCACCAUGGAGACCUCAGCCCCCUGGUGGGCAACUAGGGGAACGGCAUUCCCCGGUCUCCCGCCACCACCACCACUACCACCAAAUACUACUACUACUGCUACACCCUGUACCAGGGCCGAGAGGGAGCGCUAGGCUAGGCUAGGCUACGCUCCCACAGUGAGACUCUAGGGGGCGCUAAGCUAACAAGCUAACAAGCUAAAGACUGAGUGACUUCCGCCACCAUGGCCUCUUGGAGGCCCAAGGAGACCUGGAGCUCAGCCCAGAGGGAUGAAGGGAGGGAGGAGACAGACAGGACUAUCUGCUGUGUGGAGGAGAGGGAGAGAGGAGGAGGGGAAGGAUUAGAAGGGCAUACAGUACAGCGCGAGGUGGACGGAUAGACAGACAGAUGCGAGGCGAUCCAGACCAACAAACACAGACAGUCAGACAGACAGACGGAGUUUACUGCAGGGGUUAGGGUUAUAUGGGACUCCGUCUCCAUCCUCCAUAGACGCCUGAGAGGUCAGGGAGUUUCCCUUCAGAGACACGGCCAGUCAGUCCUAGCCUGUAGGAGAAGUCCACCAUUCUCACUGUAUUCUCUGGUAGCCAGCAUCCUCACUGAAACUGCAAGACACAAAAUGUCUGCCAGACCUGUCUGGGAGCCACCAUCCUCACUGAAACUGCAAGACACAAAAUGUCUGCCAGACCUGUCUGGGAGCCACCAUCCUCACUGAAACUGCAAGACACAAAAUGUCUGCCAGACCUCUCUGGGAGCCUGCAUCCUCACUGAAACUGCAAGACACAAAAUGUCCGCCAGACCUCUCUGGGAGCCUGCAUCCUCACUGAAACUGCAAGAUACAAAAUGUCCGCCAGACCUCUGUGGGAGCCAGUAGUGUUUCAGAGAGAACUGGGCCGAAUCCUAAUCAUUACCAAAAGGGAGAAGACACCAUGACCAUAUUCUGGACACACAGAAUAUGCUACUCUUAGAAACACCUUGAUACCCCAAAACCAGACAGGCAGGUGAAGGAGACCGCCCACCUCACCCCCCGACUGCUGGUCAUUCAUUAAACUGUUUAUCUGUUACGAUGGAAGUGCUCACAGAACUCCUCCUACUGAUCGAGGAUGGAGGGAUGAGAUAAGGGAUAGAAGGAUGGAAAAAUGGAUGUAUGGAUAGUGGAGGGGUUGUUCAUCAGAAAUAGGAUUUAAGAGCGGUAAAACUCUUGGUAGUCAGCUAGAGCCAUCUUCAUUCAUGUGUGUCUCAUUCAGUUCAUGAAUAAACUACAUUCCCGGCACAAAAACAUAGCUGAUACUAAGAACUGGAAACUUUCCUUCUAGAAGCAUCCACUCCGACAGGAAUUUUCUUCGUCAUCAGCGGGGGGAGAAAAAAAGUUCUGUGAUCUUGCAUGGCCAUUAGCAGAUGGAUCAGUGUUCUGUCCUGUGCGGGAGAGGGAGGGGGGGUUAGGAGGGGGCAGAUGUGGUUAGGGAAGGCGGGGUGUCUGAUGUGUGUUGAAGUGCCUUGAGGGCGUCCUGGACUUUGGGGCGUUGUCAGCUCUCCUCAUCUCCAAUCCCAGACCUGUCUUCUUAAAACAACCGGGACUUUGGCAUUACAGAGAUUUACUAUGGGACUGGCUUUUAAAACAGUUUUUCUAUUUUGUUCAUGUGUUGUUUGGUUUUCUCCUUAUGUGCCCCGAAAUGUAGUUAGUAACAUUACUGGGCGUCUUGUUCUGGUUAUGUUGCCGUUUAGUAACUAAAGGGGGACGGUGUUGGAUUGUUGUUGAAUUCCAUGUGGUGAAUGAUGACAUUAAGUCCUGCCGUUAUAUGUCAUGUCUCUGCAAAGCAAGGCAGUGAUCCAUCAGGGUUUUUUAUUGUUUAUGAUCAUCAACUGCAGCUUGGCUGCGAGGUUGAGGCAUUCAGAGAAUAAGCUGCACAUUCCCCAAGUUCACUGGACUAACCAGACCCAAGCUAUCCCCUCAAAGCUCCGAAAAGACAACGAGAAACUGUGUGUGUGUGUAUGUUUGUGUGUGUGUGUGCGCAUCCGUGUGUGUGUGUGCACACGAGUGUGUGUGUGUAUGACAACAAGUUCAGAAACUGUCAGUUCGGUGUAUAACGGUGACAUUUCCAGCAGCGACACCGGUGUUGAAAGGUCAGCCACCCUCCACACGUCGCACACACUUCUGAAUUCGACUUCCUGGACAGUCUUCCAAUCCCUGUCAAGAUGACUAUUUUGGCCCAGAGACAUGAACGAGCGCACUUCUCCUUCACUUCUUUACGAUAGCGCUUAUUCAGCUCAGCACUGCGCCUCCUCUGGAACCAAAUUCGAACUUUGCAUGUAUUGAGCACGUGUAAACAGGGCAAGGGUCCGUAUGCAAAAUGCGACAUCACAAUGGAAUCUGAAGCCUAUGGUUUACUGUAGGGGAGACUGACUUAGUGACGGGGGCAGGGGGGGAGGGGGGAGGGGGAGGGGGUGCUCUCUACUGGAGGAGUGAUCUGUACUGCACGGCCCUGCCGAAUCCUCUCCAAGUCACGUUCAUCAUCGCAAGGGAAGAGCACAUAUCCUGUGGUCUGUGAUGUUCACAACACCCCAUGCUUACACAGAUGGGAGGCAGAGAGGGAGGGAGAUAAAAAAAAGAGGGUGAGCGAGAAAGGGAAAGAAAGAAAAGGAGAAAGAGAGGAUGAGAGAGAUGGGGGGAAGGGGGGGAGGGUGGUGGUAAACGAGUCCUCGUCAUAUCCCAAAGAAGUUAACCCAAACUGACAGUUUGAAUCAAGCAAGGUCAAGGUCAUAUCUGGUUAGAUAGCCUGGUAAAUUAUGCAAACUUCCAUUUAGUCUCCUGUCCUUCAUGGAACAUUCCAUAGCUCUUUCUCCAUGGCUUUUGUCGCUUACUUUGUUUCCUCGAGUUGCAUCAGAGAUCUCCUGCAAUAAAAAAACCUUUGUACAAGGAAGAAAAACGAUUCAGAGCGGCAAAAUGUCAUUAAAUUGUAAAUAAGGAAUAGUGCAAAUUUUAAUUUAUACAGUAAAUUAUUGUUCAUAUUUUGUAUGUGAAUGGGACAUAAUCUAUCUUUUUUAUAAGUGAAGUACCUUUGUAGUUUUAUUUAAUGUGUUUAAAUGUGGUUGCUAAAUAAAUACUGCAUGUUUCCUAAA